UGAUAAUGCUGUGUGUGUGUGUGUGUGUGUGUGUGUGUGUGUGUGUGUGUGUGUGUGUGUGUGUGUGUGUGUGUGUGUGUGUGUGUGUGUGUGUGUGUGUGUGUGUGUUUGGGACUGUGUUUCUUGUCUCCUCAGAGAACACAUUUAGAAAAUGAAGAACAGAGUCAGCAGCACUCAGGUGAGUCUGAAGAGGCGCUCCUGGUCUUGGCAGCAGUAUCUGAACGAACAGGAAACUGAAGCUGCUCCUCUGAGUCUGUUUACACAGUCUCAGUUAGGCCCCAGUCGGAGGACUGGUUUCAGAGUUGGGAUGAAGCUGGAAGGGGUCGACCCACUGCACCCCUCCAUGAUGUGUGUGCUGAGCGUGGCAGAGGUGAUUGGCUGUCGGCUCCGUCUCCAUUUCGAUGGAUACUCCGAGUGCUAUGACUUCUGGGUAAACGCUGACUCGGCGCUGAUCAGACCUGCAGGCUGGUGUAGAGCGAGCAGCCACAGACUCCACCCCCCCAAAGGACACAGUGAGACAGACUUUGAUUGGCAGCUCUACCUUCAGUCCACAGGCUCUCAUGCUGCACCCCCCAGCCUAUUCACCUGUCGCACUGAAGUGUGUCCCCUCAGGGUUGGGGUGCGGUUGGAGGCUGUGGACAGGAAGAACCCCCCCCUGGUCUGUGUGGCGUCGGUCUCUGAUGUCAUCGAUGACCACUUCCUGGUUCACUUCGACAACUGGGACGACUCGUACGACUACUGGUGUGUCAGCAGCAGUCCCUACAUCCAUCCUGUGGGCUGGUGUGAAGAGCAGGGAGUCCCUCUGACUGCUCCUCAGGGUCACCCUGACCCGGAGCACUUCCUUUGGGAGGAUUACCUACAGGAGACCCAAUCAUCUGCUGCUCCUAAGGAGGCCUUCAUACAGAGAGCUCCUCAUGGUUUCCGGUUGAACCAGCAGCUGGAGGCAGUAGACCGGAGGAACCCCAGGCUGAUCCGCGUUGCCACAGUAACCGACACAGAGGACCACAGGGUGAAGGUGCAUUAUGAUGGCUGGUCGCAGCAGUUUGAUGUUUGGAGCGACAGCGACCACUGUGACCUGCAUCCUGUCGGCUGGUGUCAGCGCACCGGACACCCUCUGGAGGCCCCCCCAGGCUCCUCCCCCGUGUCCUCCCCCUCUCAGGGAGUCUGUCCCACUCCAGGCUGCAGAGGAGUCGGACACAUUAAAGGACCCAAAUACACCGGACACCACAGUGCUUUCGGCUGCCCGUACUCAGACAUUAAUGUGAGGAAGGAGCUGCUGCUCCCUGAUAGGCUUGGAGCACCUGUCAAUCAGACACACAGUGUCCAGGUGAAGGCGGAGCUGCGAGACGAGACGCUGCUGCUGCCUCUGGGGAAGAGAAGAAAACACACAGAAAGAUGUUCCCAACCAACCAAGUUGCUCUGUGUGAAACAGGAGGAGGAGGAGCUUCCCAUCAGAGCAGGAGGCCCAGGCUCCAGUCUGCAGGCCGUCCUCCACCAGUCUGUCUUCUUGUCGGCCCUGUCAGCUCAGCCCGGCAGAGACUUGUCUCUAUGCUGGGAGCAACAACAGAAAUUGCUGCCUGCCGUCAGCCGGGUCUCACCCUCCACCGUCCAGAGGUGGACCAUCCAGCAGGUCUCAGAGUUUGUAGAGUCCCUCCCCGGGUGUGAGGAUCAGGCCAAUCAGUUCAGAGACGAGCAAAUCGAUGGGCGGGCCUUCCUGCUGCUCACCCAACAGGACCUCAUCAGGAUCAUGUCAAUCAAACUCGGUCCCGCCCUCAAGAUCUACAACUCAAUCCUGAUGUUCAAACACGCUGAGGACCAAUCACAUGCCGGGGACCAAUCACACACUGAAUACCAAUCACAUGCAGGAGACCAAUCACAUGCCGGGGACCAAUCACACACUGAAUACCAAUCACAUGCAGGAGACCAAUCACAUGCAGGGGACCAAUCACAUGCCGGGGACCAAUCAAACACUGAGGACCAAUCACAUGUAGGAGACCAAUCACAUGCCGGGGACCAAUCAAACACUGAGGACCAAUCACAUGUAGGAGACCAAUCACAUGCCGGGGACCAAUCAAACACUGAGGACCAAUCACAUGCCGGGGACCAAUCACACACUGAAGACCAAUCACAUGUAGGAGACCAAUCCCAUGCCGGGGACCAAUCACAUGCCGGGGACCAAUCAAACACUGAGGACCAAUCACACGCUGAGGACCAAUCACAUGCCGAGGACCAAUCACACGAUGAGGACCAAUCACAUGCUGAGGACCAAUCACACGCUGAGGACCGAUCACACACUGAGGACCGAUCACACACUGAGGACCAAUCACACACUGAGGACCAAUCACACAAUGAGGACCGAUCACACGAUGAGGACCAAUCACACGAUGAGGACCAAUCACAUGCUGAGGACCAAUCACAUGCUGAGGACCAAUCACACGCUGAGGACCGAUCACACGCUGAGGACCGAUCACACAAUGCGGACCGAUCACACGCUAAAGACCAAUCACAAUCGCAGGAGCCAUUCACACAUUGAAGACAGGAGCCUUUCACAUGCUGAGAACCAAUCAAAUGGCAACGACAGGAACCAAUCACACGUUGAAGACAGGAGCCAGUAACACGCUGAGGAAACUCUUGUUCUGUGGGAGGAGCCUCAUUUGCUAUCUAAUCAUCAAUCAGAUUAAAUAAUGAUGUCACACCUGUAGUCUCAGGUCAUGUUUUGUGAUAAAAAGGAAACCCUGGACAGUACCUGAGCUCCAGUUCAGGCCCCGCCUCUUUGUGGGUGCGAGGCUUACACCAGUGAGACUGAUGCAGUUAGACAGCUCGUGAGUGUCUAUUAAAUCUGGAUAAAGUUUUUACACAUUUCCGUCAAAAAAACUCAGAUCUCAGGUGUGAACGAGACUCGAGACACUGAUGAAUAAGAACUCGUUAAUAAGCAGACGCUGUAAUAACAGUAAUAACACCCUCAGGAUAUCUCACACACUGUGUGAUGAACAUCAUCAAAGUCCCGUCUCCUGUGCUGUGAUGGGUCUGAUCGUGUUUUUAAGAGUUUAUAUUUAUAGUUUUAUUCUCUAUAUGCAGAGUCUGUAUCUACUGCGUCUAUAUUUCAGUUGAUAUAAAAUCAUAUAUAUAUUUGUGUUUCUGCCCCAUCUUUUCAGAGAGGACUCAAACUGCUGACUGAUGUUUAGGACUCAAACUGCUGACUGAUGUUUAGGACUCAAACUGCUGACUCAUGUUUAGGACUCAAACUCCUGACUCAUGUUUAAGACUCCAACUCCUGACUCAUGUUCAAAACUCAAACUCCUGACUCAUGUUUAGGACUCAAACUCCUGAAUCAUGUUUAAAACUCAAACUCCUGACUCAUGUUUAAAACUCAAACUCCUGACUCAUGUUUAGGACUCAAACUCCUGAAUCAUGUUUAAAACUCAAACUCCUGACUCAUGUUUAAAACUCAAACUCCUGACUCAUGUUUAGGACUCAAACUCCUGACUCAUGUUUAAGACUCCAACUCCUGACUCAUGUUUAAGACUCAAACUCCUGACUCAUGUUUAAGACUCAAACUCCUGACUCAUGUUUAAGACUCCAACUCCUGAAUCAUGUUUAAAACUCAAACUCCUGACUCAUGUUUAAGACUCAUACUGCUGACUCAUGUUUAAGACUCCAACUCCUGAAUCAUGUUUAAAACUCAAACUCCUGACUCAUGUUUAAGACUCAUACUGCUGACUCAUGUUUAAGACUCAUACUGCUGACUCAUGUUUAAGACUCAAACCCCUGACUCAUGUUUAAGACUCCAACUCCUGAAUCAUGUUUAAAACUCAAACUCCUGACUCAUGUUUAAGACUCAUACUGCUGACUCAUGUUUAAGACUCAUACUGCUGACUCAUGUUUAAGACUCAAACCCCUGACUCAUGUUUAAGACUCAAACUCCUGACUCAUGUUUAAGACUCAUACUCCUGACUCAUGUUUAAGACUCAAACUCCUGACUCAUGUUUAAGACUCAAACUCCUGACUCAUGUUUAAGACUCAAACCCCUGACUCAUGUUUAAGACUCAAACUCCUGACUCAUGUUUAAGACUCAUACUCCUGACUCAUGUUUAAGACUCAAACUCCUGACUCAUGUUUAAGACUCAUACUCCUGACUCAUGUUUAAGACUCAAACUGCUGACUCAUGUUUAAGACUCAAACUCCUGACUCAUGUUUAAGACUCAAACUCCUGACUCAUGUUUAAGACUCCAACUCCUGAAUCAUGUUUAAAACUCAAACUCCUGACUCAUGUUUAAGACUCAUACUGCUGACUCAUGUUUAAGACUCAUACUGCUGACUCAUGUUUAAGACUCAAACCCCUGACUCAUGUUUAAGACUCAAACUCCUGACUCAUGUUUAAGACUCAUACUGCUGACUCAUGUUUAAGACUCAAACCCCUGACUCAUGUUUAAGACUCAAACCCCUGACUCAUGUUUAAGACUCAAACUCCUGACUCAUGUUUAAGACUCAUACUGCUGACUCAUGUUUAAGACUCAAACCCCUGACUCAUGUUUAAGACUCAAACCCCUGACUCAUGUUUAAGACUCAAACUCCUGACUCAUGUUUAAGACUCAUACUGCUGACUCAUGUUUAAGACUCAUACUGCUGACUCAUGUUUAAGACUCAAACUGCUGACUCAUGUUUAAGACUCAUACUGCUGACUCAUGUUUAAGACUCAAACUCCUGACUCAUGUUUAAGACUCAAACUGCUGACUCAUGUUUAAGACUCAUACUGCUGACUCAUGUUUAAGACUCAUACUGCUGACUCAUGUUUAAAACUCAAACUCCUGAAUCAUGUUUAAGACUCAAACUGCUGAAUCAUGUUUAAGACUCAAACUGCUGACUCAUGUUUAAGACUCAAACUCCUGACUCUUAUGACUCAUGUUUAAGACUCAAACUCCUGACUCAUGUUUAAGUUAAGACUCAAUCUCCUGACUCAUGUUUAAGACUCAAACUCCUGGACUCAUGUUUAAGACUCAGACUGCUGACUCAUGUUUAAGACUCAAACUCCUGGACUCAUGUUUAAGACUCAGACUGCUGACUCAUGUUUAAGACUCAAACUCCUGACUCUUAUGACUCAUGUUUAAGACUCAAACUCCUGACUCUUAUGACUCAUGUUUAAGACUCAUACUGCUGACUCAUGUUUAAGACUCAUACUGCUGACUCAUGUUUAAAACUCAAACUCCUGAAUCAUGUUUAAGACUCAAACUGCUGAAUCAUGUUUAAGACUCAAACUGCUGACUCAUGUUUAAGACUCAAACUCCUGACUCUUAUGACUCAUGUUUAAGACUCAAACUCCUGACUCAUGUUUAAGUUAAGACUCAAUCUCCUGACUCAUGUUUAAGACUCAAACUCCUGGACUCAUGUUUAAGACUCAGACUGCUGACUCAUGUUUAAGACUCAAACUCCUGGACUCAUGUUUAAGACUCAUACUGCUGACUCAUGUUUAAGACUCAAACUCCUGACUCUUAUGACUCAUGUUUAAGACUCAAACUCCUGACUCAUGUUUAAGUUAAGACUCAAUCUCCUGACUCAUGUUUAAGACUCAAACUCCUGGACUCAUGUUUAAGACUCAGACUGCUGACUCAUGUUUAAGACUCAAACUCCUGGACUCAUGUUUAAGACUCAGACUGCUGACUCAUGUUUAAGACUCAAACUCCUGACUCAUGUUUAAGACUCAAACUCCUGGACUCAUGUUUAAGACUCAGACUGCUGACUCAUGUUUAAGACUCAAACUCCUGACUCUUAUGACUCAUGUUUAAGAUUCAAACUCCUGACUCAUGUUUAAGUUAAGACUCAAACUCCUGACUCAUGUUUAAGACUCAAACUCCUGACUCAUGUUUAAGACUCAAACUCCUGACUCAUGUUUAAGACUCAUACUGCUGACUCAUGUUUAAGACUCCAACUCCUGAAUCAUGUUUAAAACUCAAACUCCUGACUCAUGUUUAAGACUCAAACUCCUGACUCAUGUUUAAGACUCAUACUGCUGACUCAUGUUUAAGACUCCAACUCCUGAAUCAUGUUUAAAACUCAAACUCCUGACUCAUGUUUAAGACUCAAACUCCUGACUCAUGUUUAAGACUCAUACUGCUGACUCAUGUUUAAGACUCCAACUCCUGAAUCAUGUUUAAAACUCAAACUGCUGACUCAUGUUUAAGACUCAAACUCCUGACUCAUGUUUAGGACUCAAACUCCUGACUCAUGUUUAAAACUCAAACUCCUGACUCAUGUUUAAGACUCAAACUCCUGACUCAUGUUUAAGACUCAUACUGCUGACUCAUGUUUAAGACUCCAACUCCUGAAUCAUGUUUAAAACUCAAACUCCUGACUCAUGUUUAAGACUCCAACUCCUGACUCAUGUUUAAGACUCAAACUCCUGACUCAUGUUUAAGACUCAAACUGCUGACUCAUGUUUAAGACUCAAACUCCUGACUCUUAUGACUCAUGUUUAAGACUCAAACUCCUGACUCAUGUUUAAGUUAAGACUCAAACUCCUGACUCAUGUUUAAGACUCAAACUCCUGACUCAUGUUUAAGACUCAAACUCCUGACUCAUGUUUAAGACUCAUACUGCUGACUCAUGUUUAAGACUCAAACUCCUGACUCAUGUUUAAGACUCAAACUCCUGACUCAUGUUUAAGACUCAAACUCCUGACUCAUGUUUAAGACUCAAACUCCUGACUCAUGUUUAAGACUCAUACUGCUGACUCAUGUUUAAGACUCAAACUCCUGACUCAUGUUUAAGACUCAAACUGCUGACUCAUGUUUAAGACUCAAACUCCUGACUCUUAUGACUCAUAUUUAAGACUCAAACUCCUGACUCAUGUUUAAGACUCAAACUCCUGACUCAUGUUUAAGACUCAAACUCCUGAAUCAUGUUUAAAACUCAAACUCCUGACUCAUGUUUAAGACUCAAACUCCUGACUCAUGUUUAAGACUCAAACUGCUGACUCAUGUUUAAGACUCAAACUCCUGACUCUUAUGACUCAUGUUUAAGACUCAAACUCCUGACUCAUGUUUAAGACUCAAACUCCUGACUCAUGUUUAAGACUCAAACUCCUGACUCAUGUUUAAGACUCAAACUCCUGACUCAUGUUUAAGACUCAUACUGCUGACUCAUGUUUAAGACUCAAACUCCUGACUCAUGUUUAAGACUCAAACUCCUGACUCUUAUGACUCAUAUUUAAGACUCAAACUCCUGACUCAUGUUUAAGACUCAAACUCCUGACUCAUGUUUAAGACUCAAACUCCUGACUCAUGUUUAAGACUCAAACUCCUGACUCAUGUUUAAGACUCAUACUGCUGACUCAUGUUUAAGACUCAAACUCCUGACUCAUGUUUAAGACUCAUACUGCUGACUCAUGUUUAAGACUCAAACUGCUGACUCAUGUUUAAGACUCAAACUCCUGACUCAUGUUUAAGACUCAUACUGCUGACUCAUGUUUAAGACUCAUACUGCUGACUCAUGUUUAAGACUCAAACUGCUGACUCAUGUUUAAGACUCAAACUGCUGACUCAUGUUUAAGACUCAAACUGCUGACUCAUGUUUAAGACUCAUACUGCUGACUCAUGUUUAAGACUCAAACUCCUGACUCAUGUUUAAGACUCAAACUCCUGACUCAUGUUUAAGACUCAUACUGCUGACUCAUGUUUAAGACUCAUACUGCUGACUCAUGUUUAAGACUCAAACUCCUGACUCAUGUUUAAGACUCAAACUGCUGACUCAUGUUUAAGACUCAAACUCCUGACUCAUGUUUAAGACUCAUACUGCUGACUCAUGUUUAAGACUCAAACUCCUGACUCAUGUUUAAGACUCAAACUCCUGACUCAUGUUUAAGACUCAAACUCCUGACUCAUGUUUAAGACUCAAACUCCUGACUCAUGUUUAAGACUCAAACUCCUGACUCAUGUUUAAGACUCAUACUGCUGACUCAUGUUUAAGACUCAAACUCCUGACUCAUGUUUAAGACUCAAACUCCUGACUCAUGUUUAAGACUCAAACUCCUGACUCAUGUUUAAGACUCAUACUGCUGACUCAUGUUUAAGACUCAUACUGCUGACUCAUGUUUAAGACUCAAACUCCUGACUCAUGUUUAAGACUCAUACUGCUGACUCAUGUUUAAGACUCAUACUGCUGACUCAUGUUUAAGACUCAAACUGCUGACUCAUGUUUAAGACUCAUACUGCUGACUCAUGUUUAAGACUCAAACUCCUGACUCAUGUUUAAGACUCAAACUCCUGACUCAUGUUUAAGACUCAUACUGCUGACUCAUGUUUAAGACUCAUACUGCUGACUCAUGUUUAAGACUCAUACUGCUGACUCAUGUUGUCCUCAUGCAGCUUCAGUGGUUGUGGGCUCUCAGAUGUUUGCUCUGUCAACGUUUCAGCAGAUUAAUAAAGUUUUAAAUAUUAUAAAUAA